UCCAUUCUCUCUUAAAAACCGCCUUCUUCACAAUCCUUCCUUUCAUCGCUCUCUCCUACUCACCAUGACGUCUUUCUUCUUAUCCUCUCUCUCUUCCGUUCCGCCCCCAAUCCAGCUCCUAUAUCUAUCUUCCCCAGUUCUUCCCCAAUCCCAACCUGUAAUUCCUCUGUUUCUGACUGUAUGAAGAUUCCCAGCCCAAUGUUGUGUGUUCGUCACACACCCUCAAUGAAUAGAUCGAUUUUUUUCGAUCUGGGUCUGUUCGAAAUGAUUAUUUGCGGUAACUGAUUGUUCCAUCAUCACGGUCAUCGCCACCGACCACCACCGCCGCCGAAUCCGCCGCCGAGCCCGCCGCCACCCUGUUGUUGUUGUUGUCGUUGUCGUCCGACAUGGAGGAGGGACAGAGACAGUCGAGGAGCAUCAUCUUCAACAAGUAUGAGAUGGGGAAGCUCCUUGGCCAAGGGAAUUUCGCAAAGGUCUACCAUGGAAGAAACCUCGUCACCAACGAGAGUGUUGCGAUUAAGGUGAUUAAGAAGGAGAGGCUUGAAAAAGGGAAGGACAAGCUCAUGAAGCAGAUCAAGCGAGAAGUCUCUAUAAUGCGAUUGGUCCGGCACCCACACAUCGUGGAGCUGAAAGAAGUCAUGGCGACCAAAGGAAAGAUCUUUCUGGUUAUGGAGUAUGUUAAAGGCGGCGAGUUGUUCGCUAAAGUCGCGAAAGGAAAAUUGAAGGAAGAUUUGGCGAGAAAGUAUUUCCAGCAAUUGAUUUCCGCCGUCGAUUUCUGUCACAGCCGCGGCGUCACUCACCGGGAUCUCAAGCCUGAGAAUCUCUUCCUCGACGAAAACGAGGAUCUUAAGGUCUCCGACUUUGGCCUUUCUGCGUUGCCGGAGCAGCGCCGGUCCGACGGGAUGCUCGUGACUCCGUGUGGGACGCCGGCUUACGUGGCGCCGGAGGUCUUGAAGAAGAAAGGCUACGAUGGGUCGAAAGCAGAUAUCUGGUCUUGUGGGGUAAUUCUCUAUGCUCUGCUUUCUGGGUAUCUGCCAUUUCAAGGUGAGAAUGUGAUGAGAAUUUACAAGAAGGCAUUCAAAGCUCAGUACGUAUUACCAGAUUGGAUUUCACCCGAAGCAAAGAAUUUGAUCUCAAAAUUAUUAGUGGUCGACCCAGAAAAGAGAUAUUCGAUCGAAGACAUCAUGAAGGAUCCGUGGUUUCAAUAUGGGUUCAUGAGGCCAAUCGCAUUUUCAAUGAGGGAACCAAAUUUUGAAGAUUUCGCAGAUAAUGACAACAUCGAAGAAGUCGAAGAAAUGGUGGGAGGAGGACGACAGGGAGGGGAAAAUAAUAAUAAUAAUAACCCAGCACAAUCACGUCCAUUUUACAAUGCGUUUGAGAUAAUUUCAUCAUUGUCACAUGGGUUUGAUCUGAGGAGAUUGUUUGAGACGAGAAAGAGGUCGCCGUCGAUGUUCACGACAAAGUUCUCGGCAGCGGCGGUGGUGGGGAAGCUGGAGGCGGUGGCGAGGAAGUUGAAUCUGAGGAUAACGGGGAGGAAGGAGUACAUGAUGAGGAUGCAGGGGACGACGGAGGGAAGGAAAGGGAAGCUGGGGAUGACGGUGGAGGUGUUCGAGGUGGCGCCGGAGGUGGCGGUGGUGGAGUUUUCCAAGUCCUCCGGCGAUACGUUGGAGUACGUGAAACUGUGUGAGGAACAAGUGAGACCUGCGCUGAAAGACAUAGUCUGGAGCUGGCAAGGUGACGCCAAUCCUCAUCCAUAAGCUCAAGGCAGAGAUAUCAAUGUUGGAGGAGAGAUUGAUUCUAUGUAAAGAAGAACAAUAAUUUGGGGAUGUUUUUUAUUUGAUUUAUUUCUACUACUGCUACUAUUAUUUAAUUUGGGUGCCAGGCUUGUGAAUCCUAUUAUUUGUAGUUUAAAUUUCCAAGGCUGUGACUGUGAACUGAGAAGAAGAGUGAGCAAAGAUUAUUCAGGGUCUUGAAACGUUA